GUUCCGGGUCGCUGCUCUGCUCGCCGGCCGGCCGUGGGGGCUGGUGACGCGGGCCGGCGUUCACGAGAGGUCCCGGAGGCGGGGCUCUGCCCGCUGCCCAGAGAGCGGCAGGACAGAAUGCUUUGACCUCCAGGCUGUUUUAAAUCUGGUAGAUAAGCCAGAUACUGUCCCAUAAGCCCUUGGCCCACAUCUAAGUGGGAAUGCAGCUAUCUUGGAUGUCUGGAACUUUUUAGGCACCAGUCUCUGAAGUCCUGGUUGCUGGCCUAAGGACUAGACUGCUGGGGUGGUUCACGAGCUGGUCAUCUGUGCAGGAUAACCACACAGCAAAAAUGUUUGCAAAACUAAAGAAGAAAAUUGCAGAAGAGACUGCCGUGGCCCAGAGGCCAGGAGGUGCUACUAGGAUCCCACGGUCGGUGAGCAAGGAAUCGGUUGCCUCUAUGGGAGCUGACUCAGGAGAUGACUUUGCUUCCGAUGGAAGCAGCUCCAGAGAAGAUCUUUCAUCCCAGCUUUUGAGAAGGAAUGAACAGAUACGGAAAUUAGAAGUCAGACUUUCUGACUAUGCUGAACAGGUCCGAAACUUGCAGAAGAUAAAAGAGAAGCUUGAAAUUGCAUUAGAAAAACACCAGGAUUCUUCCAUGCGGAAAUUUCAAGAGCAGAAUGAGACAUUCCAAGCCAACAGAGCCAAAAUGGCAGAAGGACUGGCUUUGGCAUUAGCCAGAAAGGACCAGGAAUGGUCAGAAAAAAUGGAUCAGCUUGAAAAGGAGAAGAGGUUUCUGACAGCUCAGUUACAGGAUAUGAAGAACCAGAGUUUGAAUCUUUUCCAAAGGAGGGAUGAAAUGGAUGAAUUAGAGGGGUUCCAGCAACAGGAACUAAGUAAAGUAAAGCACAUGCUUUUAAAAAAAGAAGAAAGUCUGGGGAAAAUGGAGCAAGAGUUGGAGGCACGAACCAGAGAACUUAGUCACACCCGGGAGGAGUUGAUGACCUCCAGUCAGAUGUCAUCAGACUUGAGCCAGAAGCUAGAAGAAUUGCAGAGACACUGCUCAGCGCUGGAAGAGCAGAGAGAUCAUGUGACAGCUUCAAAAACAGGUGCAGAAAAUAAGGUCUCAGCCCUGGAGCAAAAGGAACAAGGGCUCCAAGCGUUCAUUCAGCAGCUUUCCAUGGAUUUGCAGAAGGCCACUGCUGAGACUCAAGAGAAGGAAAAACUCAUCACCCAUUUGCAGGAGAAGGUCUCAUCCUUGGAGAAGAAACUAGAGCAGAACUUAUCAGGAGAAGAACAUGUGCAGGAACUGCUGAAAGAGAAAACUGUUGCUGAGCAGAAUUUGGAGGCUACCAGACAGCAGCUCAUGGCAGCCAGAAGCAGCCAGGCCAAGGCCACUGACAUCCUGGAGACUCGGGUGAAAGAACUCGAGCUGAGUUUGCAAGCGUCUGAGGAGAAGCUGAAGCACAGUGGUGAUGUCAUGGCAGCUCAGGAAGCUCAGAUUCAGGAGCUCAGAGAGCUGGAGCAAGAAAAUGCAGCCCUCAAAGAAAGUAAGAAUGAAUGUGAACGUUCUUUACAACACCACCAACUUGAACUGAAGAAGCUAAAGGAAGAAUGGAGCCAAAGAGAAAUUGUGAGUGUUGCCAUGGCUCAAGCCCUGGACGAAGUACGGAAGCAGAGGGAAGAGUUCCAGCAACAGGCUGCUAACCUCACAGCUGUUCUAGAUGAGAAGGAGCAGACUCUGCAGGAGAAAACUGAAGUGAUUCUCCAGAAAGAGCAGGAGAUUUUCCAGCUGAAGAAAGGUCAUGACUCUGCCCUGUCACAGAUGCGUCAGCUGCAGAGUGAGCUGGAAGCCCUGCAGAGCCUGAGGGCAGAGGAGUCCGAGGCUGCUGCGAGGGACGAUGUGCUGAGGCUGCCCAGCCCCGAGCAGGGGUUGACGCUCUCAGUGCCCGAGCCUCACGUAACCUCGAGGGCCGCGCAGGACCCCAUGUACCAGCUUCCAGCGGCGGAGAGAAUCCCAAACGGUGCAGUGGGGGUCGUGGACCUCGGGCAGCUACAGAAGGAGAAGCAGGAGUUGGAGCAGCAACUUGUGGAGAAAAAUAAGACCAUAAAGCAGAUGCAGCAGAGGAUGCUGGAACUCAAAAAGACUCUCCAGAAGGAACUGAAAAUCAGACCCGACAAUGAGCUGUUUGAAGUCCGGGACAAGCCUGGCCCUGAGAUGCCAAACAUGGCCCCUUCUGUCACGAAUAACGCUGACCUGACUGAUGCCCGAGAGAUCAACUUUGAAUACCUGAAACACGUGGUUUUGAAAUUCAUGUCCUGCCGAGAAUCUGAGGCUUUUCACCUUAUAAAAGCUGUGUCAGUGUUGCUGAACUUCUCAGAAGAGGAAGAGAACAUGCUCAAAGAAACCCUGGAGUACAAGAUGUCAUGGUUUGGGUCCAAGCCAGCCCCCAAGGGCAGCAUCCGGCCAUCCAUCUCCAACCCUCGGAUACCGUGGUCCUAGAUGGAAGUGCCAACAGGCGGAGCUCCACGCAAUGACACUUUUUCUGUGAAAAGAACACUGACACACCAGUCUGGGUGGGUUUUUAAUCACUGUAACUGCAGUAUUUUGUACAAGCGUCAAAACAUUGUUUACAAGACUUAAGGCCCCCUUCCCGACAGACUGAUCUGAACCUCAGGAGGUGGCUGUCCCUGCGUCAUCGUGCUCACCAAACGGAAGGGUCCUGGCACUGCCCACAUUUCCACCGUGCUGCUAAAAUCCCAGCUCUGGCCGCACCCGUCCGCACCUGAAUCCUCUAAGUGUCCACACUAGUGCUUGAAGCUGAAGCCCUCAGCCUCCGGCAGGGUGGAGGCACCAGGUCCACCCCGUAGUGACCAUGCUAGACGGAAAGACAGCCCUUCGACGUGGUGCCCAGCAGGCCAGAGCCUCGUGCCCCUGCCACACAGCCAGCUCACUGGGGUGGGCAUUCAAAAUUCCCAUUCCCAGUUAGCUUGUUUGGGUUCAGAUGAGAUAGAAGAGGCUUUUUACCCCUUCCUCUCAAGAAAACAUUCUUUCACCUUGUUUCUCAAACCACCCAGAGUUUUAGAUGUGCACAUCUUUAAGGUACUCUGGGGCCAGUGUGGAUUCAUGAAUAUGCAACUUUCAGACAGUAUCUCACUUUACUGAAGAAAACUAGCAGAUAUAUGAAAAAAGAUCCUUAGUACCAAAUACACUCAAUUGCCUUUUUAAUGAAUGUACUUGUCUUGGAUAGGUUGCUGGUAAACCAUUUUAAACUAUUUUUUAUAGCUAAAGUUCUUCGCUACUAUAAACAUGUCUCUGUAUUAUAAAAUCCAUUUAACUUGGUGUUCUUAAAGGCAAAUCAGAGCAUCAAGAGAUUAUUUCUAAGAUUGGGAUGCCUUUCCCUUUUUUAAUUUCACUAGCAUUCUAUGGUCUCUGCUUCCUUCUGAAGCAGUGGUGGUAUUUCAUUUGCUUUGCUCUUAAUUCUGUGUUGUGAGACUGAGCAAAUGCUAAUCACACGUUUGCUCCGGUUAAGGACAGUCUGCUCCAUUAAGGGCGAGCAGCAGUGGUCCCUUCCCCAUCCCUGACCAAAACGUCGGAAGCCGUCUGCCAUGUACGUGGAGCCACCACCUCUCCCCCCCAACCCCACCCCCACCCCCAUGUUUCUCAAAAAUGCAUGGGAGUAAAAUAUGUAAAACAUAUCUUACGGGAAAACACGGAUUUGCAGAGUUAACGUACUACAUUUCCACAGACCUGGGAGUACCAAGCAAGGGCCGUGUCACCAUCACCCCCGCUAGGCUCUCUGCCACCCGAGCGACCCAUUCCCCAGUUGCCUACCUCCUCCCGUGGCUCCUCCCUGCAGAUGGCUUUCCUUUGUUUAGAAUUUUAUUUUCCCUUUAUCUGGUGGGGACACAAGACAGCAAUUCCUUCUGUCCUGUAGUUGCGGUAAGAGGGAGCUUCUCCAGCUGUUCCAGGAGAGUCCCCACAUCGGGUGGCUCAGGGCUUGCCAACCAGUCCGGCUCCACUGAGGCCUCUCCAGCGCUUGAGCUGCUCUCACCCUGCCCUGCCCACAGCCCCCAGCAGCUUUCACUCAGCCCGGACCUGCUGAGGGUUCAUUCUGAGUAGGCUUUCCUCCUGCAUGUCGAAUUUCCUUCAGCUUUAAGAGGAAGAGUGGAGUAAAUAUUCUAAGUGAGUUAAUGCACUUUUACUUGUAUAAAAUGUUCUGUGAUAGAGACAGUAUGUAUAGCCCUUUAUAUGAGCAUUGGAUUUGGAUCUCUCUCCAUGUUGUAAAUAGGAAUUGUAUUAUCUAAGACUGCUGUAGAAAAUUCAUUUGUGGUGUCACUUUUUGAUUAAAGCUCUUUAAUCCAGAUGCAA